UUUUCGUCUAAGCAAUACCCUCACUCCGUUAGCAGCAGCUUUGGUGGAGAUCAAAACAAUGGAGAAUUCAGAGACUCUUAGGAACAAGUGUGCUGCCUGUUAUAGACAGUUCAACAAGAUGGAGCAUCUGGUUGAGCACAUGAGGAUUUCAUAUCACUCCGCUCACGAACCAACCUGUGGGAUUUGCCAAAAACAUUGUCGAUCAUUUGAAUCUCUGAGAGAGCAUCUCAUCGGUCCGCUGCCAAAGGCUGAAUGUGAAAGGGUAUUCAAAGACCGGGGAUGCGACCUCUGCUUAACCAUCCUCAGCAGCCGCAACGCUCUUAGGGUUCACCGGGAGACAUGCCAGUUGUCGCGCAUGAAUGUCGGUAUUCUUCGUAGCAUGGCUAACUUGGGCAUUAACGAGGACCCGCAGAUCAAUUCUAGUCGAGCCAAGGUGGUGGCACUGGCCUGCAAAAUGGUUGGCGGUGGCAGUGAUGGCUCAUUAGAUCUUUGUGCAAGGAUAUGCCUCGUUGAUGAAUAUGAAAACAUCAUCUUCCAUACCUAUGUCAAGCCUCACCUUCCAGUCACAAACUAUAGGUAUGAGAUAACAGGCAUCCGCCCAGAAUUCUUAAGAGAUGCAAUACCAUUGAGGCAAGCUUCAAGGAAGAUUCAAGAUUUCCUGUGCAAUGGAGAAGCGGUGUGGAAGAUACGUUCAAGAGGUGGAAGAGCAAGGAUUCUUGUCGGCCAUGCCUUGGAUCAUGAACUUAAGUGUUUAGAAGUGGAGUACCCAGCAAUAAUGAUCAGGGACACAGCCAAGUAUCCACCAUUGAUGAAGACAAGCAAGCUCAGCAACUCUCUCAAGUACCUAACAAAAGCAUAUCUUGGCUACGACAUUCAAACUGGAACACAAGAUCCUUAUGAAGACUGCGUAGCAGCGAUGAGGCUUUACCAAAGAAUGAGAUCCAAAGUUCAUAAACCAGAGGAUUAUCCUCUUGCUACUGACCCACAAAACCGGAACAAUUUUGCUCAGUGGAGGCAAAACGAGCUUGAAAGGAUGAAUCCAGAGGAACUGUUGGAAAUCUCAAGGUCUGAUUACUAUUGCUGGUGCAUGGAUUCCAAAGAAACUUUCUGAAUGAUGAAGAUCUUGUCAUGAAGACUCAAAAAAGCAAGCUAAUAUAUAGAUGAUUCAAGAACGAUUGACGAAGGAAAUUCAUGCCGUUUCUGUUAUAUUAAGAUAACUAUGAGAAGAAAAUUUCUGCUGUAUUAAGAUAACUACGUGAAGAAAAUUUAUGUAUCCUGGUAUGAUAAUAAUGUGGCUUUAUAAUAAACUUAUUUGUGGAAAAUACUCAUCUAAUAACA